AUGCCCGCCACCGCCGAAAACCCUUCCACCGAUAGCGCGCGGCUUCUGAAGGAACUGGAGGAGAAAGAGUCCGAACUGACUGCCAUGAAGAACGAGAUUACUCGCCUGCGAGAGGCUGUGGGACGACAAAAUGAGGCCAUCGAGCUCUUCAAAGUCCAACAGCAAGUGUACAACUCAGACAUCAGCCCCGACUCGAACCUCAAACGAACCGAGACCGUCCUACGCGAAGAGUGGCUGAUGAGAGACAAAGCGGACGAGGACAUCAACGAAUCACUCGGAGGAGCCAUGGUGAUUGCAUCCGUCAUUGCGGUCUUGCUGUUCUGCUUGGAGACGCUUCUCCCAGAGAAACCGUCCGAAGCGAAAGAUGUCAAGGUCGUGACUGCCCGCAGGUUUGCGCUGAAAGGUAUCGCUCACAACGAGAAGCUUCGCGAGGUGGUCAACAGCUUCUAUCGAGAACUCAAUAAGUUUGGUGGCAAGCAAGUUUGCGAGCCAAAUCUCGAACGGAUCUCGCUGGAGUCGGUCGGAUGGGAGAGCGGGCACGGGGUUCAAAAGAAGCCAGUGCCACUUGCGACAGAGAGCAUUGAUCCAAAGGGACUUCCUUGCAUGUCAGAGAUUUCUAAGUCUAUGGGUGCCGUGGAGCUGAAGGAGAAGGGAUACCGCAAGCAGGGCCGCGAGUAG